UAACGGUUGACAUGGACACACAAUACGCUGUACCUAUUGGCUAUUAUUAUAAUUACAUAUUUUGUUAUUUAAUACGAUCUGCGAUGACGAUUGAUAUGCGACAGCUUGGGAUCGAUCGAUGAAUUACACGGUUUUUCUUUAGUUACGUUUCAUUUUCUCACCCGUUUAGCGCGAUUAGUUGGGCAGAGUACUUUUUGCGAGAUCGCGACGUCCGUCCGACACACCUGAAUCAUUUAUUGUUACCUAUUUUGAAUCCUGUUUGAAAAAACCAUGAAGCCCAUAACCGAAGUCAGGGUUGUUAAAACCACAGAAUCGGCAUUCAUCAGACCGUUCUCGUUGAUAUUUAAACAAGGAGGAAAUGAAAUUAAAUGGGACUUAAUCGAUAGUCACAAUGGAGUGUUUGUGAUCAUUUACAACAGGACCAGAAAUACAUUGGUGUGCGUUAAACAAUUUAGACCUGGUGUAUAUUAUAAAAGUAUACCAGAAUCUGAUAGACCAAAAGACGGAUACAUUGACACUGUAAAAUAUCCACCUAGCAUGGGUUUGACUGUAGAAUUUUGUGCUGGUAUAGUAGACAAAAACAAAACUCUUGAAGAAAUAGCUGUUGAUGAAGUCCGAGAAGAAUGUGGUUAUGAAGUCAAAGUGUCAGAUAUGCAAAAAAUCAUCAGUUGUAGAGCUGCCUUAAGUACAGCUGGUUCCAUCAUGACGUUUUUUUAUACGGAAGUCACUGAUCAAAUGAAAAUUUCUGAAGGAGGGGGUCUUGCGCACGAAGGAGAAGACAUUGAAGUUGUAGAAUAUACUAUACCACAAAUCAGAGAUAUAAUCACUCAAUCAGAAGUUUUAAACGGAUCAUCUAGUUUUCUUUUUGGCUUAAUGUGGUUUUUGACUAAUAAAAUUGUUUUGAAUAAUUAAAUUUAAAUAAAUUACACUGUUAAUUUAA